AUGCAUCCUGCUAUCCUGCGUGCCACACACAGGUCUCUCCUUGCAACACGGCCUCGUUAUCUUGCAACGAAAAGCGCUACCUCUACAGCAGAAGGGGAGCUCAAUGUUGAGCCAGAAGUUUUGACCGAAUAUCCAGAUGUACCCCCCAUUAAUCACCAGUACCUUCGUCCAACCGGAUGGCAAGACAACCAGAUGAGGAGAAACUAUGGUGAUCCAUUACACGAACAAGAAGAGCUGUACUCGAUGUGGUCCCCGGAUAUUCCCGCCAUCGACCCUAAUGUCGCUCUGAAACGAUUCACUAUGGCAUUGCUCGGUUUUACAGGCGUUUUCCUUUACAUUAAAACCUACGGAACGCCAGAACCACAUUUUGUCCGGAGAACAUACCCUUAUGGAGGGCUGGUAAAGGAGCUGGGAGGCCUUGAGGAGAAUAGAGCUAGGAUGGCAGAUGAGACUUCCGAACAGUAG